AUGAGCUUAAAAGCUGCUCGAAAUUUCUACGAGAAUUCACAGCCUAUUACAGCUUGCGAUUUUGAUUGCACCGGAGAAUUCUGCGUAACUGCUUCAGCUGAUGAAUCGAUUAACUUGUACAAUUGCGUACAAGGAAGACAUAAAAAGUUAAUUCUUAGCAAAAAGUAUGGAGUGCAUCUAACACGAUUUACCCAUCGACAUACGGAUAUUAUAUACGCGUCAACAAAAGAGAAUGAUACGUUGAGAUAUUUGUCACUGCAUGAUAAUCAAUUCAUAAGAUACUUUGAGGGGCAUCAGAAAAGGGUAGUGAGUUUAGAAAUGUCGCCUGUGAGCGAUCAAUUUGCAUCUGGCGCUGUAAAUGAAGGAGUGCGGCUAUGGGAUUUACGUCAACCUACUUUUCUUGGAUUUAUUAAUAUUGAAAAUGGAAGACCUUGUAUUGCGUAUGAUCCUUCUGGCAUUGUUCUUGCGAUUGGACUUCAGAAUCAUGACAACGUCAUAAAAUUAUUCGAUAUAAGAAAGUUUGAUCAAGCACCGUUUACAACAUUAAAUGUGAUAGAUAAUUACGCGUUACCUUCUUCACAUCCACGUCCUCCAAUACAACCUGAAUGGACGUCCAUAAAAUUUAGUAACGAUGGCGACAAAAUCCUUGUUACAACAUCAGGAGAUGUACAUUAUGUAACUGAUGCUUAUAAUACCGAUAUGAAAAGACGAUUAAUAGGCCAUGUUGGAUUAAAUAAUGCAUUGCAAUUAUUAGGAGGAGAAGAGACGAGUUGGACCCCCGACGGUCGUUUUGUAGUUGGAGGAUCGCAAGAUGGAAUGUUAAAUUUUUGGGACAUAGAAGCACCUCUAAAAAAUUCAAUGAUACUUGCAGAAGGAAUAGAUUCUCGACCGAUACACACACUAGAGUAUCAUGUUAGACCAACGCAAGUUGUUAGAUUCAAUCCCGCAAAAUUGAUGAUGGUUAGCGGUUGUACAGAUCUGGUGAGUUAUAUUUAA